CAAGGCCUUCCGAUAUUUAAUCACAAACCAAACUCCACAUCUUCCAUUGAUUCAACACCAUUCACUAUGAGAUUUUCUUUCCUCAUCCCCUUCCUUUUCAUUUUAUGUCGCUUCAGUACUGUGUCAACAUGUGACAAGCGGUAUGAGUCCAUUUUUAGCUUCGGUGACUCUCUAGCCGACACCGGAAAUUUCCUUCUCUCUGGGGCCCUUGCUUUUCCUGUCAUCAGAGAGCUACCUUACGGAGAAACCUUCUUUAGACAUGCAACAGGUCGGUGCUCUGAUGGACGUCUGAUAGUGGACUUCAUAGCUGAGGCUUUUGGGAUUCCAUACCUGCCGCCCUAUCUAUCACUUGGCAAGGGCAAGUCUUUCCGUCAUGGAGUAAAUUUUGCUGUUGCUGGAGCUACUGCAUUGGACCCAGAAUUCUUCUACCACCAAAAACUUGGUCGGAUCUUGUGGACAAACAAUUCAUUGAGCAUCCAGCUUGGCUGGUUUAAGAAGCUAAAACCCUCCAUUUGCACCACUAAAAAGGGCUGUGAUAAUUUCUUCCGGAAAUCGAUAUUUCUGGUGGGAGAGAUCGGUGGAAAUGACUACAACUACCCAUUCUUUGUCGGUGGAAGCAUUAAACAAGUUCAAGCUUUAGUGCCUCUGGUUGUUGAAGCAAUUACUAAGGCUGCCAGUAUGUUGAUAGAGGAAGGUGCGGUGACGCUUAUGGUUCCUGGAAACUUUCCAAUUGGGUGCUCGGCGGUGUACCUGACUAUAUUCCGAAGCCCCAACAAAGCUGAUUAUGAUGAAAAUAAUGGGUGUUUAAAGGCAUUCAAUGCUUUCGCUCAGUAUCACAACACUCAUCUCAAGCUGGCUUUGGAUAAACUUGGACUGAAGUACCCGCAUGCCAAGAUCAUUUAUGCUGACUACUACAAUGCUGCUAUGCCUCUUUUUCAAUCUCCUCGAUCAUUUGGAUUUUAUAAUGGGGCCCUAAGAGCUUGUUGUGGUGGAGGUGGACCAUACAAUUUCAAUAAUUCAGCAAGGUGUGGUCAUAUUGGCUCCAAAGCAUGCAAUGAUCCUUCAAGUUAUGCAAACUGGGAUGGAAUUCACUUGACAGAAGGAGCUUACAAGAUUAUUGCCACUAGUUUGAUCAAUAUCUCUUUUUCUUCUCCUCCUUGAGACAGUUCUCUGAGCUGUGAUAUAAUCACCAUGAAUAAAAUGGUAUCUAUGUGUGCACUCCAUGAAAUUGGGAUUGCUAAACAGCACACAAGUAGUUCUUACUCUUUAUUUGUAUGUAACUUGAAGUGAGUUCAUUUUCAUUCAACUAGAUGAGCUUCUGUUCUUCUACGAUAUGAGGUUUUGUUGGAAUUA